AACGUUCAACACAGCAAGGACAUGACUCUUGCCAGCAACCGCAGUCUGGCAGAAGGCAAUCUUUUGUAUCAGCCAAAGUUGGAGUCUUUGAAAUCAAAUUUGACUGAAAAAUAUCGAGAGCUGCAAGUUCUUUUUGAAGCAUACCAGAUAAAGAAAACAAAACUAGACAGACAAUCCAGUAAUGCUUCACUGGAGACACUGCUCGCGCUGCUUCAGACAGAGGGGGCGAAGAUUGAGGAAGACACAGAGAAUAUGGCAGAAAAAUUUCUUGAUGGUGAAAUACCACUGGAUUCCUUCAUUGAUGAGUACCAGAGCAAGCGUAAACUAGCUCACCUGCGACGUGUAAAAAUCGAGAAGCUCCAAGAAAUGGUGCUGAAGGGACAGAGACUUCCGCAGGUUCAGCCGCAGCCUCAGCCGAGAGCACCUGAGACAACACCAGCACCUCAAGAUUCCUACACUUCAGAUGCAAACACUCCUCCUUCAGUUGUGCCCCGACGAAUACCACCCCCUCCACCUUCUUCAGUCCCAGCAGGACGCUUUCCUACUCCGUUUACUGCAGCCAUGAGUUCAGGACCAGCUCUUUCUUUUCCAGGUGCUCCGUAUCCUCCUCUCCCCCCACGACCAGGAGUUCAGUCUGCAAGUCAAAUGCCACAGCCUGGAUACCCAUCUCAGUUUGUACCACAGUAUCCUCCAGCUCUUCCCCAAAGACCACCUCGCCUUCCGCCGCAUCCUGGCUUUAUCCUCCAGUGAAUAUUUUGGUGCGCCCAAGUUAUGUAUUGGUGCUUAUAUUUCCCUUUUAUCCCCAUCAGAGACUUAACGUAGGCAACAGAAAGCCUCUGGUUUUUGCACAAUGGAGUACACAAUCCGAGCUGCGGCACCGAGGUUUG